CUCUUUUCCUGGGGACAAAACGGCCGGAGAAGCCGCCUAGGACCAGCAGCUCCUUUCUCCGGCUGGCCCCGGUGGAGGCGACCAGGUAAAGGGUCCUCCUGGGGCGCCAGAGGCAGGAGACCCGCGCGGGGGUGGGGUGGAGAGGUGCCAGGGCCACGCAGCUUCCCGGGGACCUUCGCAAAAUCCCAUGGUCGUCGAGAAAUGGGUACGGGGGGUGCCCUUCCAAGAGCCCUCGGCCCUCCUCGCCUUGGGUGCCUCUGAGGUCUGCUCACUGAAACACGCGCAUCCAAGUCAGGGCCAGCAGGUGCCCCCAAAAGUGCCCUUUGCUGGGGCGGCCCCCCACCUUUCCUCAGGCCGCUCUCGCUUUCUCUCCCCCAGCAGCAAGAGCAGGGCUUCGGAUCCCCCCAGGAAAAGGACCCGGCGGCCUCACGCCCGCCCCGCAACGAGCCGGCCAAGCCAUGCCCCAUAACUCCAUCCGCUCAGGUAAGCUUUCCCGUGGCGGUGGGGCAGAGGGACCAGGGUGGGAGGGAGUGGGGGAGCCACUCCCCUACUCCCAACCUGUACGGCGGGUGAGAGAAGAGCCUUCCCCCCCCCCAGCUGCGUGCCUUCCACUCCCAACUGGCGCCCCAACUGCCGCUGCCCCCUCCAGCUGGGCUGACGGUCUCUUCCAGCCCCCUCGCCCCACGGGCGUCGGGGAAGGAGGUCCGGGAGGGCGACGCCGUGGAAGGGAAGGCAGGGCAUUCCCGGCCCGCCUGCGCGGAAGUUGCGCGCGCCCAAGGCCAGCCUGGGAGCCCUCCUGCCGCGGCCAGCCAGGCUUGCGGGGAGGGUCCACACAAGGGGGGACGGCUGAGCCCCAUGGCGAGCAGCCCGAGCGAGUCGCCGGGCUCUCAGCCGCCUCGCCAAGCGGGGCGCAAGAAUCCGCCUCUGCGCUGGCCUUGGUGCGCUUGCGGAGGGGGGCAAAGGCGUCCUCUGUGGCCGGAGAGGGGGUCGCUCCUGCCCGACUCGCCCCACCCAGGGGCACCGGAGAAAGCCUCCUCCAGCCCCUGCCCCACAAAACGCACAAGCUUGGAGUGAAGUGCUCGCCUGCCGUUCAAACUCCCCUGGGGCUCCUACGUAGCAGCCUCCAGAUCCCCUGAUUUUUGGGGGUGAAGCUGUUGCGCAAAGCAGCCGCUUCUUCACUCCAUGUGGGGCUGAGCCCCGGGGCGAAGAGGGAGCUGGGCUGCUACACGAAGCGCACCUCCUUCUUCUCACCCUAGCAAAGUUUCGACGUGCGGGAGACGUGGAUCGGGAUCAGCGGGGUCUGGCGCGCCCCGCGCACACCUCUGAGCGCGCGGGGGGAGUCACAGCCCGCCCACCUGGCCAGCGCGGGGCCCCUUUUCCAAGUUGUCCAGACAUUUGCGGGGUUGGGGGCAGAAAGGCCACCGCGAGGCCUUUGCCGGCUGAAAGUCAGGUCUGUGGCUCCCUGGCCAACCAAGUGGGGCCAACUCAGUAUUUUCGUUUCAUCCUGAGCCUAUAUUCAACUGGGCAGGUGCCCAUGGGCGUAGGCAACGUGGGGCAGGGGGAUAGCCGCCCCCUAAAUCAAGUAAAUAUACUUUACUAACUGAGGUUCUGCCCCCCCGAACAUAAAUCCUGGCUACGCCCAUGCAGGUGACCGAGAUCUCCACUGGUCAUCAAUUUCCGUAUUAUUUGCAUUUUCUUCUUCUCGGAGAGCAACCGUGAGAUUUCUCAGGAGGCAGAGAACAGGAGAAUUGCCACCAGCGGGUUGGAAAGAAAAGGGAAAAUUCAGCUCCCGUUAGCGUGAAAUUUGGAUGUGGGGUAUUGCUGCUUCUGCUGCACGGUUCGCCAUUAUUAUUAUUAUUAUUAUUAUUAUUAUUAUUUGUUGCCCACCAUCUGUGCAACGAUUUAGGCUUUUAGAUGUCAAAAUUGUCCUUCUUUCCGGCGCUGCAAAAACUCUCAGGGUUGCCACAAUAUGGCAACUCACUGUAUAGCAUUGGGUCGCCCAGCUAAUUCAGUGUCCGUUGCCCGCUGAGCAACAGACUUUUUUCCCCUAAAGAAGUUCAUAUUCGAGUGAAUGCUGGGCCAAACAUUACGUUUCAGAAAAAGCAGGUUCAGAGGAGUCCAGCCGCUGCCACGUGUCGGCCUCUUCGGAUUGAGGCGCGUCUGAUUCCCCCGGGUCAAGUCUCCAGCCCUUCCAGACUGGAUCGCGGGGCGUUCCGAAUCCCAUCGGGUGCUUCGGGACACGUGCUCCGGUUCGCGCAUUCGCCGGUGCCUCUUUCGAAUCCGUAGCAAGUCCCGCUUCUCCCCGGGAGGCUUCUGGGCGGGCGAGGCCCCCUCCCUCUCGUGGGGAGAAGCAGCGAGACCGACGGCGGCUGGCAGCGACAGUCCCCCGGUGCUCCGGGUCCUCCAGUGCCACCGCACCGGCUGCGAAGGGACCGGAGGGACGCUCCGUCCGGCCCGCCACGUCGGUUUUGCAGUCCCAGGCCUGCCUUCUCGUCGACCAUCGCUCUGUCCCGCCCCACUUCCCUUCUCUUUCAAGGGCUCAUUUUUUUUUUCCUUUCCCCCAAACAUGGAGAGCCGUCGAGGUGCCGCUUCCAUCUCCACAAUUCCGUCUCACAAUUUCAGCGGCCGUUUUCUUGGAGACGUAAAAGCAUAAUAAGUGCCUGCAUUCUGGAUCCGGCCAGAGGCCCAUCGAGUCCAGCAUCGUAUUCUUGCAGAGAAACCCGCCGGCAGGAUUCGACCACAAACGCCCUCUCCCUUGCUGCGGUUUCUAGCAGCUGGCAUUUGGAAUAAUUGCUGCCUCCAACUGACCCAAACGAUCUCGUCCCACUCCGAAUAUUUCUGCAUGAAGGAAACGCUCAGGUGGGGCCCUUUUGCAGACCUAGUUUGGCCACAGCGGAAGUAGAAUCAAUCGAUCAAUUAAAUAAAUAUAUAACAAGAUCAUCUGAAUGGUCCCGGCUGCCCACGUCGAAGUCUUGGGGCGCCUCUGAAGACUGUCGGUAUAUUGCAGGAGUUCUUAUGUUUCUUCGCCAUACAGUCCCAAGCGCUCCUUCUGCCCCAGGCGCAAACGGGACAUUUGUACAGGAUUCUCGCUGGGGCAUCCGGAUAACCCUAACAUCUCUUCAAGACCCCGGCAACCCCCUUGCAGAGGAGACGGAUCCGUCCCCGGGGCUCGGUUCUUUGGCUCGGCUCGGCCGCUCCCAUGUCCAACGGGCAGGAAGGCGCUGGUGGGACUGGGAGCGAGGCGCAACCCUUUUAUUUUGGAUUGGUCUCCUCGUGUUUCUCUCGCGAGCCUCGCAAGCAGCUUGAAUGAAAAGGUGCCCAGUGUGUUUCCAUCUUCCUCUGAGGCAACCUCUGCACCCAAAAUGGUUCAAUGACAAAAUAAAUAAAAGAGCCGACGUAAAAUGGGGAGGCUGCGUCCCCAUCUUGCCUCGACAGCGACCACCUUCGGGCUGCUGUCUGCCGCCCUUCGGGUUCUGAGAAGAUUCGGCUUUUCCAGAACCUUUGGUGACAUAGGUGCCAACUCCCUGCGGCCCUGGGUGCUCGAGCACCCACAAAAUUCCCCAUGAAGGGACCGGGCACCCACAGAUUUCGGUGCCAUGGCACCCAGGAUCCCCGACGGUCGCGGGGCCUAGGUGGGCACUCCUGUUUGGCGAUGACGGGCGCGCUGGAGCGGAUUUGCUUUUCUGACUUUUAAGACGGAGUCGAACAUGUCUUGAUUCCAUCCCAUGUGGGAAUAAGGAGGGAGCAAAUGGCCUCGGAAGUCCGUGGCAUCAGAUCCACUUUCUUUCUUUCUUUCUUUCUUUCUUUCUUUCUUUCUUUCUUUCUUUCUUUCUUUCUAAAACUGGCGAAGAGGGAAUGUGAGCGAAACUUGUCAAAGAGCAACAGGCGCGGCUACUGUGCUCCUAGAGACAUCACCUUGCCGACAAAGGUCCGUAUAGUUAAAGCUAUGGUUUUCCCAGUAGUGAUGUAUGGAAGUGAGAGCUGGACCAUAAAGAAGGCUGAUCGCCGAAGAAUUGAUGCUUUUGAAUUAUGGAGCUGGAGGAGACCUUUGAGAGUCCCAUGGACUGCAAGAAGAUCAAACCUCUCCAUUCUGAAGGAAAUCAGCCCUGAGUGCUCACUGGAAGGACAGAUCCUGAAGCUGAGGCUCCAAUACUUUGGCCACUUCAUGAGAAGAGAAGACUCCCUGGAGAAGACCCUGAUGUUGGGAAAGAUGGAGGGCACAACAGAGGACGAGAUGGUGGGACAGUGUUCUCGAAGCUACCAGCAUGAGUUUGACCAAACUGUGGGAGGCAGUGGAAGACAGGAGUGCCUGGCGUGCUCUGGUCCAGGGGGUCACGAAGAGUCGGACACGGCUAAACGACUAAACAACAACAACGGUGCUAGAUAGAACAGAGAACGGAACCGGAGCUCCACCGGGAGAUACAGCGGAGGGUGCGUAAGACCUAGCAGCUCCUGGGAGGCGGGUACCGUACACACGUGCAGGAUGACCCACUGGUUUCCAGCCCAGAGGGCAACGGGGCCGGGAUGUUGGCUUUGGCUGUGCAGGCAAGCGGAGGCCGCCCUUACUUUCCCUGCGAUGCCGAGUCUUCUCGAGGCGGACUCCCCGGUUUUGCGGCGCCAGCUGUUUGCCCCCGACUGCUGCUCCCUGGAAAUGGAUGGAGGACAGGUGCCAUAAGAACCAACUCCUAGGGGCUGAGGUCCCUUCUCCCUCCCAAUAAAAUAUUUGAGGGGGUCGCCGCCCCGAACCCCAAGUUGAUAGGUACUGCUUUUCAAAUGCUGUGCAUGUGCUACGUCUUGUGAUCAGUUAUGUUGGUUGGGGUCUGGGGCAGCCGGGCCGAGGAAAUCUGAUCUGGAAGUCCGUCACGAGGAGGAAAAACCAAGUGAGAAGCGAUCGGGCUUGAUCAAACUUCUUUUCCUCUCUGCUGUUUCCGGAUCUUCUGAGACCCCGCGAAAUUUGCUGCAUUUCGCGCGGAGCAGAGAAAAUACAAUAACAUGCUGGGACGAAGACGACGAGAGAGAACUCCGGGACCCCCAGCUCGCAGCUUGAGAGGCCGGCGAGGCCAAAUUCCUACCUGGCGCUGCGAGGUGCUGGGCGCUUCCAGACGAGCCUUCGAAUGUCCUUCAUGCAGUUUUGCGUCUAGAUGGAAUUCGGUUGCAAGAGUCCGGCAGCUGGAGGAUUUUGCUGCGCAUUUCCCGUUUGGGAGCCAUUUCAUGACCGCAUCCUUCUCAGUUGGCUCGCUGACUUAAGAAACCUCAUUCCAGGAAGAAAUUAAUUAACACUGCAAUUAGCUAUUUGAUUAGUAGGAAACGGCAACCCUCUCUUCCAAGUGCAGGUGUGCAGGCUGAAAACCUGAAAGGUCCUGACUCUCCCCAUCUCCCGCCAGCCCAGGGAUACCGCGGGCGCUGCUUUGAAAGUGAACUUUUUACAGUUCUGCUGGGCUACGCUAGUGCAACGAGCAAUCAGGGGAAAUCACGUGCCCCGGGGGGGGGGGCUAACGUGGUGAAGAGAAACAUUCCAAAAUAUUUUUUUGGGGGGGAGGGAACAACAAAGCCGACACAAUUCUGUCGUGUUCAUCCUGUAGAUGCACAGACACCGCCAAGUGCAAGACCCGUCCUCAAGUCCCUUACCUUUCCCGCCCCGACCUGGCCACAGUGAUUCAUGCGAUGGUCACCUCCAGGCUUGACUACUGUAAUUCGCUCCACGCGGGGCUGCCCUUGAAGCUGUCCCAGAAACUCCAGCGGGUGCAGAAUGCUGCAGCGAGGCUCCUCACGGGGUCUCUGCCAUGGGAGCAUAUUCACCCAGUGCUUUUCCAGCUGCACUGGCUCCCGGUGGAGUACAGGGUCAGAUUUAAGGUGCUGGUUUUGACCUUUAAAGCCCUUCACAGCCUAGGACCCUCGUACCUAUGGGACCGCCUCUCCCGGUAUGCCCCACGGAGGACCUUAAGGUCCAUAAAUAGCAACACCUUAGAGGUCCCAGGCCCUAAGGAAGUCAAAUUAGCCUCAACCAGAGCCAGGGCCUUUUUAACACUGGCUCUGGCCUGGUGGAACGCUCUGCCUCAUGAGACCAGGGCCCUGCAGGAUCUGAUUUCUUCCUGCAGGGCCUGUAAGACAUAGUUGUUCUGCCUGGCCUUUGGCUUGGAGCCAGUUUGAUUCCCUCCCCCUCUUUCUUUUUCCUUUUUCCUUUCUCCUGUGAUGAGGCUGCAUUUUAAUAUUUUAAUGUUUCAGUAUUUUAAUUGAUGUAUUUUAAUCUUGUUUUUAAGUUGUGUUCAUUCAACUUGUUUUUAUUAUUGCUUGUUAGCCGCCCUGAGCCCGGCCUUGGCUGGGGAGGGCGGGGUAUAAAUAAAAAUUAUUAUUAUUAUUAUUAUUAUUAUUAUCAUCAUUAUUAUUACUGCUGCUAUUUUCAAGAGCAUCCACAAAUACAAUUCUUCAGGUGGGGGUGGGAGGUGAGAUUCUCCUAUUUGUACCCAAAGCGCCGCAGUCUUUGUGCUCUUUGCAGCGCCAUCCAUGGUGCUGAAGCGGAUGCGAUCCUCACGGUCCUUUCCAACUCUGCAAUUCUCUGAUUCUAUGAACUGAGAAAGUAGGUGAAACAACCCUCAGUUGUUGCUGAACCGCGGCUCCCACUGUCCUUCCUGGCUAUGCUGACUGCCUGAGCAGAUGGGAACUGGGACCAUGGCAACAUGUGGAGUGAUUCUGCGUUAUCUGUUCCCCUUUGCCCUGUUGGGUCAGCUUCCACCAAGACCAACUUAUAACACGGAAUAAGUGCACCACUAAUGCACUAUUCUUGCGUCAAAAACAUGUUGCAGAAAAGAUCUACUACAGUAAAAUAUCAGCCUCUGGAAGGGCCCUCAGUUUCCAUCUCCUGUCGUCUUCUUCUUUGGUGAUCAUUUGUAAAUGAGUAAGGGACGCGGGUGGCGCUGUGGGUUAAACCACAGAGCCUAGGACUUGCCGAUCAGAAGGUUGGUGGUUCAAAUCCCCACGACAGGGUGAGCUCCCGUUGCUCGGUCCCUGCUCCUGCCAACCUAGCAGUUCGAAAGCACGUCAAAGUGCAAGUAAAUAAAUAGGUACCGCUCCGGCGGGAAGGUAAACGGCAUUUCCGUGCGCUGCUCUGGUUCGCCAGAAGCGGCUUAGUCAUGCAGGCCACAUGACCUGGAAGCUGUAUGCCGGCUCCCUCAGCCAAUAAAGCGAGAUGAGCACCGCAACCCCAGAGUUGGCCACUACUGGACCUAAUGGUCAGGGGCCCCUUUACCUUUACCAUAAGAUUGUCUUCCAUAAACACGGUUUUAACAGUGAGUCUGUAAGUGUCUGUGGAGGCCAGUUCUGGAUCCACACACCCACAGUGGAGUCAUAGGUUUCCGGACGGGAGUUGGUCAUGGUGAGGGUUUGCCAAGCGUGCCUUUCUCUUAGCCCGUUUCUCCCUCUUGUCCUGAGUUUGAGCGUCUUCAAAGCCCGGGAAGUGUUUGCCCAGCUUAGGGAAGGAGGCAUGAUGCUCUGACAGGAUCCUGGACUCCUGCUGCCUCCCUCUCAAAGCCAGGCAGUGAAGGCCUCUUCACCUGGGCGGCAGCACCUCAGUAGGUGGGCAGGCAAGGGAGUGUCAAUCAGCUAACCCGGCCUCUCUGCCCAGCCUUGGCAUCAGGCCACACCCCUCCCCCAUGUGCUGGCCCCUCCCUCUGCUUGUUGGUGAGUACUGGCACUUUUUUCUUUAAAAAAUGCACUGCUUGUGUGAGAACACAAAUACCAAUUCCAGCCGAGUUAGCUUAUCUCUAUAAGCUAUUCGGAUAAGGUUGCACAGGCUUCUAUAGCAAUUAUGGUAUCCAAGGAUGCUUUAGGCAGACUUGGAUUAUCUUCUCCCUGGUUUAUGUUUCCCUCUUAACAAAUAAAUCACUCUCAGACUGUUUAAGUAAAUAAAUUGUUAGAUUUACUCACAUCAAAAGUCUUGGCAGGAUUCAACACAUACAAUGAUGAAAAUCAGUGAUGCAAAUCAGACAGGCAAUCAUCCUUAAAAGUUAUAGUCCAAAAUGGAGUGUGCACUCUGGACGAGAGUUUACAGACAUCCUAUCCCUCUGUGGGUAAGAAAAAGUGUGUGCAGUGACAGGAAGGAGUAAAGAUUUCGUUUCUAUUUUUCCCCUUCCUGCCACACAAGUUUAGAGGAUAUGACAUCAUAGAGUCCCCUGUCUGUGACUAUCCAGCAGCCAUGCAUUUCUGAUUUUGGCUGCACAUCCCUCUCACACAAAAAACAAGUCCUGUGAAUAAUUAUUUAAGGCACUGUAUAAUAAUAAUAAUAAUUUAUUAUUUAUACUCCACCCAUCUGGUUGGGUUUCCCCAGCCACUCUGAGUGGCUCCCAACAGAGUUUUAAUAAUAAAAAAGCAAUUAAACAUCAAACAUUAAAAACCUCCCUAAACAGGGCUGCCUUCAGAUGUCUUCUAAAAGUCAGAUCGUUGUUUAUUUCCUUGACAUCUGAUGGGAGGGUGUUCCACAGGGCGGGCACCACUACACUAUAUAUUUAGCCUGGAGAAGGGAAGAGAAGACUGAGGAGGGGUCAGAAACCUUAGACCAGGGGUCGGCAGAGGGCUGGUCCACUGUCCCUCAGACCUUGUGGGGGGCCGGACUAUUUUUUGGGGGGGGGGGGGAAUGAUGAGCGGCUUGCAAAAGGGCUCUGGAGAGGGGCUGCUUUAAAUGGCGGCCACUUGAGAGGGGCGCUAAGCCAACUGCGGCUCCUGUGUCUUGCGAGUGGCAGGGGCUGGCAGAGGGACAAUGAGUGGCACGCAAAAGGGCUCUGGAGAGGGGCUGGCACCAACAAAGCCCAGCCCCCUUCCUCCUCUAGGCAGGGCAGGGAGAAGCCAGGAGGAGGGAGGGAGGGAGGGAGGAGGCGCCGUGGUGUGUGUGUGCGGGGAUGGCACAGCCCGAACGAUCAGAAUCAGAUCCACGCUGAUCCAUGCAGCGAUUCCCAGACCAUCCGCGGGCCGGAUCCAGAAGGCAACUGGGCCAGAUCUGCCCCUCCCGGCCUUAGUUUGCCGACCCAUGCCUUAGACCUAGGGGUCAAAUGUGCCUCUCCAGACCUCUUUGUUGUUGGAGAACAGUAGAUAUAUUUCAGUGAUGUGCAGAGAAAAAGCCAGGUAAGGCUGCUGAUUGUAAGGGUAAAGGAAAGUUUUGGUUUGGUACUCACAGCAAACAAAGCUAUCUAAGGCUUGGCUGGAGGAAAGUGGCAGAGCACUUUCGCUUGUCUGGAUGGAGAAGUUUGUGGGUGCAGAAAGCUCUGUUUUUGCAUGACUGGCAUGUAGCCUACUGCAUAAGUAACACCUGCUACCCUGCUCAGUUUUGCCUCUAAGUCCCACCCCAUCACUGGUGUGGUUACCCCUGCAGGAAUAUGACCCAUGAGCUGAAAAAGGCUUAAUCUUAAGGUGUUUGCUCCAGAGGGCAAGAGGAGAGAUUACAGGAGUACAGGAGGUUAGAUUUUGUUUGAACAUUAGGAGAAAUCUCUUGAUAACAAGUGUGGUUUGAUCCUGACACCAAUUAACCGAGAGGGGUAGUGAUGGACUUUUUCUCCAUGGAGAGGGUGGGCAGUCAUUUAUUAAGAACAUAGGAAGACCUUUGCUGGAUCAGGCCAGUCAUCCUGCUCUCAUUGUGGCCAAACAUAUGUCUGUAGGUGACCUACAACCAGGACUCUCCCUUUCUGCAUCUUCCAGAAACGGGUAUUCAGAGUUACUUCUGCCUCUGACUUGGAGGGCACUAGUAGCGAUUGAUAGCUCUCUCCUCCAUGAAUUUGUCUAAUUCUCUUUUGAAGCCGUCCAAGUUGGUGGCCAUCACUGGGGGAUUUUCUGGGGGGAGGGAGGAAUUCCAUAGUUUAACUAUGUGCUGUGUAAAUGAGUACAUUUUAUAAACUUCAGUCAUGUCACCGAACUUAGCGACCUUUUCUCUUAAGCUAAAAAGUCCCAAAUGAUGCAACCUUUCACAUAGGGGAGUCGCUCCACCCCUUUCAUUGUUUUGCUUGCCCUUUGCUGAGUGUUAUUGGGGAGGCUCUGGACUCCUGGGAUGUGGGUGGCACUGUGGGUUAAACCACAGAGCCUAGGACUUGCCGAUCAGAAAGUCGGUGGUUCAAAUCCCUGCGAUGGGGUGAGUUCCCGUUGCUCGGUCCCUGCUCCUGCCAACCUAGCAGUUCGAAAGCACGUCAAAGUGCAAGUAGAUAAAUAGGUACCGCUCCGGCGGGAAGGUAAAUGGUGUUUCCGGGCACUGCUCUGGUUCACCAGAAGCGGCUUAGUCAUGCUGGCCACAUGACUUGGAAGCUGUACGCCGGCUCCCUCGGCCAAUAAAGCGAGAUGAGCGCCGUAACCCCAGAGUCGUCCAUGACUGGACCUAAUGGUCAAGGUUCCCUUUACCUUUACCUCUGAAUUCAUUUCCUUGAGCAAGGGGUUGUGCUGGACGCCCUCCCAAACCCCAUGCACUUCCCUGGUUUCAUGAUUUAGGGUAACAUUUCAGAUAGAUAAAUAAUUUCACAAGCGGCAUUGGCAAAUCCUUUCCGUUUUCAAGAAGAGAAUUGAGAUCUAUAGUCUGCCCUUUGGACUGCAUUACUUCCACACCAAGGUCCAAAUAGUGACGACAACAAGCGCCAGGAAGUAUUUUCAAGAGAUGUUGGCAGACAUCUCUUUAGGUAGAAGGACAGAAUUCUUGAGUCUUCAGUUCAACAUAUCAUGAAGUGGGAGACAUAUUAAUAAGCUGAAAACCCACCUUUCAAAAAAUGUAAAGCAUUUGGAAACAGUUUCUCUCUCUCUUUUCCUCUUUCUUUCUUUCUUUCUUUCUUUCUUUCUUUCUUUCUUUUUUACCUUCUUUCCUUCUUUCCUCCAUAAUUGUUAUUGCCCUCUGCAUGAUUGCUUUGGCCUCAUAUUCCAUCUCCCCUCAGAGGCAUUCACAAUUCUGUCGUUAUUCUUGUAUUAGUGCUGAGCCCAUUAAAGCUAAUUUGUUCACCCUAAUCUCUAUUUAUUUUUCCCUAGUUGAUAUUAGAUUUGCCUCUCUAUUGCGCUCUCCUGAUUCUUUCCCUUUUGGUCUUUCUAAUGGGUUUCUCUGUUAAUGGUACCCAACCUUCCUUCCUUCUUGCUUCCAACCCCUGAAAAUCCUCCCAUUAACUCCUUGCUGCCCUCCUUCUGCUCAGACCCCUGAUAGGUGGCUUUUUGCAGUUUUGCCGCUCAGGCUAGAGAAAUUACCUGUAGCUCUAAGCAAAGCCCAAAAGCACUUGGACAAUUGUGCUUCUAUGAGAAAAAGAGCCUCAUUGGCAGCGUCUGUGUGCUAUACCUGCUGGGCUGAGUUCAGGACCCUCUGCAGGCAACGCUUCCUUUGUGCAAUGAGGCGGUUACUCCUUUUCUUCAGAGGAUCCAGACCUCCUUCCUCCUGGCAACACGUCUGUUGUGGAGAUGUUGCAUUUCCCCAGGACUUAAAAUAGGCUGCUUCAUAGAAACAUGAUUUGCCCUUGAUAGGUACUGUAUCAAGGAGCAGGUAUCAAGGAAACCUAUUGGCUCAUGUCAGUAAUCACACAAGCUCCACUUGAGGAUUACUAAAAAAUAAAAAUAAAACUACCAUAUGAGAAAUAUUAAAAGGGACGCAGGUGGCGCUGUGGGGUUAAACCACAGAGCCUUGGAAUUGCCAAUCAGAAGGUCGGCGGUUCGAAUCCCCGUGAUGGGGUGAGCUCCUGUUGCUCGGCCCCUGCUCCUGCCAACCUAGCAGUUCAAAAGCACCUCAAAGUGCAAGUAGAUAAAUACGUACUGCUCUGGCAGGAAGGUUAAUGGCAUUUCCGUGUGCUGCUCUGGUUCGCCGGAAGCGGCUUAGUCAUGCUGGCCACAUGACCCAGAGGCUGUACACCGGCUCCCUCGGCCAAUCAAGCGAGAUGAGCGCCGCAACCCCAGAGUUGGUCACAGCUGGACCUAAAUGGUCAGGGGUCCCUUUAUCUUUACCUUUUUAUGAGAAAUAUUGCAUUCCAACAUCUGAGGUUUUCAGUUUUUUUGGUUUCCCAUAUUGCCCCUACUUAGGUCCCCGCAUUGGAAUGAUAAUAUGUGGGGCAGGGCUUCAGAGAAUCUUGAACUAUUGGUAUGAUGUGAAUGCAUUGAUCAAAUAUCUGAGUGAGCCUUGCAGUCCAUAGCAGAGGCUUAACUCCAGUACGAUAGUUAACAACAUGCUGAGACAAGGAUGGAAAGCAGCUCCACACCCCCCAAAAAACAAAUGCACAGGUAUAUCCCCAGAGAAGAAGGAAGUGGGAAGAGAUUUUAGUUUGCUACUUAGAUUCAAGUGAGAAGGUGUCUAAGGUACACUGCCUGUACAGGGUUUUUUUUAAAUUCACUCUUUUCACUAUAGUAUUGUGAAAUUAGGAGUUUGUUCCAACAGAAAUGGAGGCAAAAUGCAGCCAUAAAGAAACAGAAGGGAAAUACUGGGCAUGUUCAGGGGAUACCUGAGUUUUGGAGAAGUACGGAAAAACUUUUUCAAAAAUUAAGGAGGUGCCUUCCCCCCGCCCCUGCAGCCCAGUGCUCAGUAACCACCACUGCGCCUCAUGGGCUUGCCGAUCAGAAGGUCAGCAGUUCAAAUCCCCGCGACCAGGUGAGCUCCCGUCGCUUGGUCCCUGCUCCUGCCAACCUAGCAGUUCAAAAGCACCUCAAAGUGCAAGUAGAUAAAUAGGUACCACUCUGGCGGGAAGGUAACCGGCGUUUCCAUGCGCUGCUCUGGUUCGCCAGAAGCGGCUUAGUCAUGCUGGCCCCAUGACCUGGAAGCUGUACGCUGGCUCCCUUGGCCAAUAAAACGACAUGAGCGCUGCAACCCCAGAGUUGGCCAUGACUGGACCUAAUGGUCAGGGGUCCCUUUACCUAGUUAGAAAAUAAAUCAUGGAAACUGGGGAGGGGAAUGACCUGCAUGAAGAGCCGGCACACUGAAUGCAGCCACUCUGGCUAGGAGGGCAUUUUGUAUAUCUAGUUUCAAUCUUGUUGCUUGUCCACGUUCUCUUUUAGAAUAGAGCAGUUGGGAGUGUGACUGGACAGAAAUACGUAAGUUCAGCUACCAGGAAGUGAGGGAGAGGGAAGGAGGAAGGGAGGGGGAGCUGGACUCUAUUGCUUCCUGCUUACCAUACGUCAGGAAAAUUCCUGACAAGUCCUGAUUUUCAGGUGUAAAAAUAGCAUGGAGUGGGGGAAAAUUCUGCUGAAUUAGCAAAAUGUAAGGGAAAACCUGGAUGUAUGUCAACACGACGGAAAAAGCAGUGGAAACAGCUGCAAAAAAAUCAUUAUUUUGGGAACAGGUUUCCCCAGAAAAGCUCAACAAUUUUGGUAGUUUCCUAAAAAAAAGAAAGAACCAAUUUUGAAAUAUGGCAACUCUAUGUACGGAAGUGAGAGCUGGACCAUAAAGAAGGCUGAUCACCAAAGAAUUGAUGCUUUUGAAUUCUGGUGCUAGAGGAGACUCUUGAGAGUCCCAUGGACUGCAAGAAGAUCAAACCUCUCCAUUCUUAAGGAAAUCAGCCCUGAGUGCUCACUGGAAGGACAGAUCCUGAAGCUGAGGCUCCAAUACUUUGGCCACCUCAUGAGAAGAGAAGACUCCCUGGAAAAGACCCUGAUGUUGGGAAAGAUGGAGGGCACAAGGAGAAGGGGACGACGGAGGACGAGAUGGUGGGACAGUGUUCUCGAAGCUACCAGCAUGAGUUUGACCAAACUGCGGGAGGCAAUGGAAGACAGGAGUGCCUGGCGUGCUCUGGUCCAUGGGGUCACAAAGAGUCGGACACAACUAAAUGACUAAACAACAACAACAUGUUUGUGCAUUCUGUGUUGGUGGGGUGGGCAGGAUCGCAGGCUUCCGUGCUCUCUGUGUGAUUCUUGGAACUGGCCUUGUAGGCAGGUCAUGUCCUCCUGCCAGAGUCCGCUGCAUUUGCCUGGAAUCUAAGCUGUACUUCUGAUGCAUCAGUUUUAACUCUUGGCCGCGUUCCCUGGGAGCGGGGAAGGGAACUGAGUGGCCAGAGGUCAAGAAUGUUAAAUGUCUUGACUAGGACUAUGUGUACCUGCAAAACACAAGCCUGGUGAUGCCAUUGCUCAUUCUUAUUCAAGGGAAACAAAAAUGGUCGGGAGAACAACCUGUUGGACUGGGUGUGAUGGCCUGGGAUUUGGACUCGGAUGCUGAACCUGAGGGAUCCCAGCCUUCACAGGAUUCCCCGCCUCCAGAACCAGCUGAGCCGGGGCUGGGGCAUGAGCCUGAAGGGUCCUCACCUGUGCUGGGUCCUCAGGUGCAGGCAUCAGCUGAGUCUGCUCUGGCUCCUGAGGUGAUGGAGGACCCAUUGCCUGCAGGUGCUCCACUCCCAGCCCCGUCAGGGGAGGCUGAGGUUGCCUCUGGGUCCGGUAACCCUCCAGCCUCUCCUGAGCUGCAGAGGCUCAGGGCAGAGAGGCGGAGGGAACUAAGUUCCCGCAGGAGGAGUGCUCGCCUCCAGGCCAGGAGAGGCGAGUCACCAGAGGAUCGAGGCUGCCCUAUGCCUCGGGGCAGAUAAAAGCCGGCCAGCCCCAGUCCCAAGUUGCGGGAGCAACGUUGUUGGUUGCUAGUUCCUGCCUGAACCCUGUCCUGCUUUCCUGCCUGAGCUCCUGACCCGCCCUGGCUCCCUGCUUGCUUGCCUGUCCCUGACUUCACCCGACUCCCUGCCCUGCACCCAGCUCCAGCUACAAUGGACUGCCUCCCCGUUGCACCUUUGACCUCGGACCGGACUUGGACCUCGCCUCUCGGGUAACCCACGGGACCAGCACACUGUGGCUGGAGGCAGCAAUGGCAGAAGAGAGGGUCAGAAGGCAGGAUGGAGCCCCCUGGAGGAGGGGAGGGAUAUGGCAUCACAGUCAACUCCGGGAACAGGCUCAUUCGCCUCCCCACUCCACUUUUGGGAACAUCCGUACGAUUUUCUCAAGUCUCCUGGCAGUUCAUCCCCAGCAGAGUGACAUUCAGAAGUUGAGCCUGUCAAUCAUCCUUCGAUGCUGAGAGUCAGACUGCAUGCGAGAUGAAAGGUCUGUGAAAUAUACCGUACUCGGAGUCAAGUGUAGAUUUCAUGCUCUUUAUUCAGCUCAUAGUAGUGAGGAAUGAAAGUUUCCCCAAAAUAUCUGCUUUAUGUACAUUAUUUACACAAUUUACACGUGAUUGGCUAAUUCCGGGAUUCUCCUGUAGGCCAAUCAGGUUGCAGAUUCCCUUCCACCUGGAGCUGGAUUGGGUGGCUCCUGUGGACCAAUCACACUGCUGCAUUGUUCUAGGACCAAUCAGACUGCUGCAUUCUGACUCCUAUUGUUCUAGGACCAAUCAGACUGCUGCAUUUUGGAUCCUAUUCAACUCAGUAAAUAACAGUCUGGGACUGGAACCAAACUUACUUCUGAGCCCCAGGCCAGAAGUACAAGCCCCAGACACAAGAAUAGAGGUUUCUUAACUAUUUGCUCCUUCAUCAUGGCCCCAAUCCACCUCGCAGCUGUUAUUCCCCCCAACAGGUAAUUGAAACUUUGAGGGACAGGCAUUUGAACUAGAGCUGUGGCGUUGGGGAGGGGACAUGGGGUUUGAUUCCCUGCACUAUAAUAAUAAUAAAUAAUAAUAAAUUUUAUUUAUACCCCGCUCUCCCCAGCCAAGACCGGGCUCAGGGCGGCUAACACCAAAUAUAAAAACAAUGGAUUGAAAUAAAACUUUAAAAACAAGAUUAAAAUACAGCAUUAAAACAUUAAAAUGCAGCCGCCUUUCAGUGGAAACUCAAAUAAAAAACUUUUUGGGGGAUGAAAACGUCAAGUCUUCACCAAUGUUACAAAUAUCCACGGUCCAGUUCAAAAUGGAUAUUCUUCUCUGGAGGAGAGCAAAGAAACGUCUUUCCCCAUUGCAGGUAGGGAAAAUGAGUGUGUAGUGACAGGAAGGAAGAGAUAGGGAUUCAUGUAUUUUUAAUCUUUUGUUGGAAGCUGCUCAGGGUGGCUGGGGAAACCCAGCCAGAUGGGUGGGGUAUAAAUAAGUAAUUAUAUAUAUAUAAUAUUACCCAGUGCUUUGUCUUCCGGGGGUACUCAAGGAUACGCAGUACUGGCACCUCUUUUUUGUUGUUCUUAAAAAGUGUAACACUUCAUGGUGAGUAUUGGCACCUAUUUUUAUAGGGGGGGAAGCACUGGAUUAACCCAUUGUGUUUUUCCUGUCACCAGGUUUGGGGGUAUAAUUGUUGUUGUUAUUGUUGUUGUUGUUAUACUUAUACUGUACUUAUCUGUGUGGGGUAUACCUAUUACGACUGAUUGCCCCAGUCAGACAUCAUAGAGUCCCCUCAGUACAGGUUCUGAAACUCUGUGGGCCAUAGAGCCUGUUUGCAACUGUCUAGCAAUCAUGCAAUCCCACACACAAACCGCUGCCACACAAAAGGUGGGUGCCUUUGUCCUCUACCUGUAGCCCGUCCCCAAACAAUGGCAGCUCUAGGUGGCAUCUAACUUUCCUCUUCUUUCCCCGCAAGGCUGGGAAACUACUCAGCACCCUCUCCACCACCCACAACUAUUGGGGUGGUGGUGGAGUAAAGCACCCCAAGAAGAGGAAUAGAAACCCUUCAUCCUCCAAUUAACAGAGCCCCACACUCCAUCUAGACCAGGGGUCAGCAAACUUUUUCAGCAGGGGGCUGGUCCACCAUCCCUCAGACCUUGUGGGGGCCGGACUAUAUUUUUGGGGGGGAAAUGAACAAAUUCCUGUGCCCCACAAACAACCCAGAGAUGCAUUUGAAAUACAGUGGUACCUCGGGUUAAGUACGUAAUUCGUUCCAGAGGUCCGUUCUUAACCUGAAACUGUUCUUAACCUGAAGCACCACUUUAGCUAAUGGGGCCUCCUGCUGCUGCCGCGCUGCCAGAGCACGAUUUCUGUUCUUAUCCUGAAGCAAAGUUCUUAACUCGAGGUAGUAUUUCUGGGUUAGCGGAGUCUGUAACCUGAAGCGUAUGUAACCUGAAGCGUAUGUAACCUGAGGUACCACUGUAAAAGCGCACAUUCUACUCAUGUAAAAACACGCUGAUUCCCGGACCGUCCGCGGGUCGGAUUUAGAAGGUGAUUGGGCCGGAUCCGGCCCCCAGGCCUUAGGUUGCCUACCCAUGAUCUAGAACCUUUCGUUAACAAAAAUAACAGCAGCGGCAACAGCACUGAGACCAGCUCUCCCCAUCCCUCUCGGGACUGGGUUUGUGUCUUAGCAGGACACGGAGGAUUGAACCAGCUGGGCGGGGCCUUUGUGAAUGGCCGGCCCCUGCCAGAGGUGGUGAGGCAGCGCAUUGUAGACCUGGCACACCAGGGCGUGAGGCCCUGUGACAUCUCCCGACAGCUGCGGGUCAGUCACGGUUGUGUCAGCAAAAUCCUUGGCAGGUAAGCAUGAAGGUGGCUACUCAGGGCUCUGCAGAGCUGGGGUGAGUAAUGACCGUGCCGGAAGACGGAUUGGCCUCUCGCUCCAAGAAUCCAACUGUGGCAUCAAGAAGGAGCUCUAGCCAGGGAGGCUGAGAGCAUACCUUUCCUGUGGCCAUUUUCAAAGGCCUCAUCCCGGGAGCAUUCCAGAGGUCAGGGGUGGCCAGCUGGAGGGCUGUGGGCUCUGUGGAACAAUUCACCAUGCCUGUGAUGGCCCACACAAAUUAAAAACAAAUUGUGGCAGAAGUUUUUGCUUGGUUUCUCCUGCAAUUUUAUUGCGUUGCUGUUUCACGAGCGUUCCAGGCUUGCCCAUUUCCCCUCUCAAGGAAGGAGAUCUUUCAGAAAGCUAAUUUCACAUGCACUCAAAAUCUCUGGAUACCCUUAUCAACCACAUUACAGAGCCUGUUCAGCCCUUAGAGUGGUGUUGUCGACGCAGCAGACACUGAUCUCCAAAGCAAGGAACUGUGGCUUAACCCUAACCACGAUCUUAGGCCGCCUCCAAAUGAGCUCCUGUCAUUUCUGCUAAACAGUAGUUUUGCAAGUUGGGAAUGUUAAGUGACUAAGUGCUGUAGUAUUGGGACUUUGUAAAUAUAGGACGCCAUUUAAUCCUCUUAUUGUGUUUUCUUCAAGUGGAAGGGUCCCCUUUCGCCUGAAGAAACACCCUGUGCUUGAGGUGUAAGAAAGAAAUCUGCUGUAUACUGUGGGUUUUCCUGGUUGCCUACAGUGCAAUUGCUUAACGCAAGUGCUUGGAAGUAUGCACCUUCCUACAUGGAUGUCUGAGCUAGUUAUGUGAGGCUUUCUCUGAAAGUGCUCAGAAACUUCAACUGGCUCAAAGAGCUGCAGCGAGACAGGGGCAGGUUAUAGGAAACAGAUGAUUCCCUUGCUGGAACAACUCCACUGACUACUCACCUGUUUCUGGGCACAAUUCAGAAUGCUGGUUAUGGACCUAUAAAGCCCGAUGUGCCUUAGGCCCAAGCUGUCUGAAAGGCCCUAUUCUUUCAUACAAACCUCCCUGCGCCCUGAGUUUUUUGGGGGGAGGCUUCUCGGUCCCACCACCUUUUUGGAGGGCCUUCUUGGUGGCUGCUCCCAGACUCUGGGUCUCCCUCCCUGGAGAAGCCAGACUAGCCCCAGCCUUGCUGUCCUUCUGCCAGCAAGUGAAGACUUUCUUGUUCCAACACGGUUUUGGGAACUGACUGUUUUUAGGCAAAGUGCUGGGGCUGUGAUGUUUUCAACAGUAACAACCUGUAUUUUAAAAAGUACUGUGUUUGUGUGUUAUUCAAGUUUUAUUUUCAAACAAUUGCCCCUCCCCCAAUGUUUUUAGCUGUUUCUGCUUUAACCGUAAACUGUUUUGAAAAAGCUGGGAUGUAAAUAAAUGUAAUAAUCCUAAUCCUAAAAAUAAAUAAUUAGAUGUGAGAAAGCUGCUGUGAGAAAGCAGAUUGUUAUUUUUUACUCCGCAAGGAACCCAUUUUGAAAUUUCCACUCUCGGCAGGAGCCCAUCUCCAUGUUUGCAGCGAGAUUUCAGCUGGAGGGGUGAUAAAACUCUAGGCAAUGCCAAGAACAUUUCUUGUUGUGAGUGUGGUAAUCCUAUUACUUUGUCUAUUGGAGUAGGUACUACGAGACGGGCAGUAUACGGCCAGGUGUGAUCGGGGGCUCCAAGCCCAAGGUGGCAACCCCCAAGGUGGUGGAGAAGAUUGGGGAUUAUAAGCGGCAGAACCCCACCAUGUUCGCUUGGGAAAUCCGGGACCGGCUGCUGGCAGAGGGCGUCUGUGACAACGACACUGUUCCCAGUGUCAGCUCCAUCAACAGGUGAGAGCACUCACCACAUUCCAUUGUGGCGACGGUAACCUGGGUUUAUGGGGCCAUUGGACGCCUAGCUUAUAUAUCUGAGCUUCUAACAAUGGCCAGGACCAGCUUCUGAUCUCAACAAUGCUGCGAGCAGACGCAGGACCUUGCGUUCUUCCACAGACACCCUCUCCCAGCUCGUUUUCUUUUCUCUCCAGGAUCAUUCGCACAAAAGUUCAGCAGCCGUUCAACCUCCCGAUGGAGAACUGCAUGGUGCCAAAAACAUUGAGCCCUGGCCAUAACCUCAGUAAGUCCUCCUUGGAUGGCUCCCUCCUGGUCUGCACCCACUUGGCUCCACUCUCUGGGUUCAACUGAAUAUAACAACAACAACAACAACAACAACAACAACAACAACAACAACAAUUUAUUAUUUAUACCCCGCCCAUCUGGCUGAGUUUCCCCAGCCACUCUGGGCGGCUUCCAAUCAAGUGUUAAAAACAAGACAGCAUUAAAUAUUAAAAACUUCCCUAAACAGGGCUGCCUUCAGAUGUCUUUUAAAGAUAAGAUAGCUGCUUAUUUCCUUGACAUCUGAAGGGAGGGCGUUCCACAGGGCAGGCACCACUACUGAGAAGGCCCUCUGUCUGGUUCCCUGUAACCUCACUUCUUGCAAUGAGGGAACCGCCAGAAGGCCCUCGGCACUGGAUCUCAGUGUUCGGGCUGAACGAUGGGGGUGGAGAUGCUCCUUCAGGUAUACAGGACCAAGGCUGUUUAGGGCUUUAAAGGUCAGCACCAACACUUUGAAUUGUGCUCGGAAACAUACUGGGAGCCAAUGCAGAUCUCUCAGGACCGAUGUUAUGUGGUCCUGGCGGCCACUCCCAGUCACCAGUCUAGCUGCCGCAUUCUGGCUAGUUGGUGUGGGAAUGUUGUGGAUAGUAGGAGAGGAUAUAUUGAUUAAAUAUUAUCCUUCCUCACUCAUGCUAGUGAAUCAGUAGCAGAGUACAUUCCCCAGUAUAUAGCAGGAAGCUAGUUGGUAGAAUCGUUUGAAUCUCUUUGCUUAAGCAAUCCAAUCUGGCUUGACCAGAUUGGGCUUGUUCCUGGUAAAUCCCCUUUGUUCCCUCUUAAAAGGAAUAAUGACACAACAGUUUUUUCUUAAAAGUAAUGAUAAGAAGUUUACUUACAUUCAGUUCAUUCAGUAGGUUCCCUGAAGGCAGGCUUUAGCUUGGAGUUACAGAAUAGAGAGUGGGUUCAUUCCAAGUAGGGAUUUGAGCUCAUGUGCUGCUGGCUGAGACAGCAGACAGCAAAGUACAUCAAGAUGGAAUAAAACAAAGAAGAAGGAAAGAUGGCUGCAUGACCAGCCCUUUUAUGGGGUCUCACAGGGUCAUGCCCAUUUACCUGGUUACACACAGGGGGAGGAUGCUGUAGACCGGGGUCAGCAACCUUUUUCAGUCGUGGGCCGGUCCACCAUCCCUCAGACCAUGUGGGGGGCCGGACUAUUUUUUGGGGGGGGAAAUGAACAAAUUCCUAUGCCCCACAAAUAACCCAGAGAUGCAUUUUCAAUAAAAGCACACAUUCUACUCAUGUAAAAACACUAGGCAGGUCCCACAAAUAACCCGGAGAUGCAUUUUAAAUAAAAGGACACAUUCUACUCAUGUAAAAACAUGCUGAUUCCCAGACCGUCCGCAGGCUGGAUUGAGAAGGCGAUUGGGCCACAUCCGGCCCCCAGGCCUUAGGUUGCCUACCCGUGCUGUAGACAGGUGUGGCAGGAAGUCUUCCUGGCUGGAGUAACAUCCCCCUGUGUGUCCACUCUGGGCAAACAGGAAGUGUUGUACUUGACUACUUAUGUUACAUCCUACAUUUGGUACUACACUUUGACUUGCACGUCAAAGUGCAAGUAGAUAAAUAGGUACCGCUCAGGUGGGAAGGUAAACGGCGUUUCCGUGCGCUGUUCUGGUUCACCAGAAGCUGCUUAGUCAUGCUCGCCACAUGACCUGGAAGCUGUAUGCCGGCUCCCUCGGCCAAUAAAGCGGGAUGAGCGCCACAACCCCAGAGUCGGUCACGACUGGACCUAAUGGUCAGGGGUCCCUUUACCUUUACAGUUGGUACACGAGAGAGAGAGGGCGGGGGGUGAGGGGGAGUGCAGUUUCCCACCUGGAUAAAGAGGUCAUGAGGAUGCUGCAAAAAUGAAAAGAGAGACACAAGCAGCUUCAAAUGCACAUUAAACUCGACUGUGGAUGAGCCCUAAGUACUGAAAUGUUCUUAAUUAUUUUUUUGGGUGCAGUGGGGAGGGAGACAUGUAAUUGUUGUGGGUUUUUUUUGUAGGGAAUAUUUUUUAUUAGUUUCUAUAAUCAAACCCAUGUAAAUAAGACUUUACAUAUUUAAUGCAGUGUUACCCCUGUACAAAUAAAAAAAAGUUUAAACAUUUCUAAAAAAAAUUCAAUUUUUAAAAUUAAUUUUCCACAUUUAUAACAAAAAUGACAUAUAAAAACACAAAACAAAACACCUUACAAUACUAAAAGAAAGAAAAUAAAAGAAAUAAAGAAUAAAAACACUUAUUACUUCUAGAAUCCAAAUUAACUUUCAUUGUAAUCUGACUUCCUCGAUUCAUCCCUAACUGUAUUUCAUUGUAACACCUUUGUAACAGUUUUCCAAAAUCAUCUUUCUAAUACAAUUAACACCUUCAAUUAACUAUCUUCCUCUCUUUUCUUUUUGGCUUAAAUCCAUAUUACUACACAACGUUCUUAUUCUAGUCCUAGGCCUAUCAGAUACUUUCAAGUAUCUUCUAAUUAUCUUAUAUUACAAUAUUUAGCUAAAUAAUCUUUAAAUUUCUUCCAAUCUUCUUGGUGUUCCUCUUCUUUCUGAUCGUGGAUUCUUCCAGUCAGGUCAGCCCGCUCCAAAAAGUCCAAGAUCUUCAUCUGCAAUUCUUCUACAGUUGGUAUUUAAAAGUUUAAACAUUUCUAGACCAAUAUGGCUGUUAAUUUCUAUACAAUGCCAACUCACAGUACAAGUGGAUAUCUUUUCCCCAAAGCUUGUAAUUGUGAUUUUUUGUAAAUAGCCCUACUGAUGUUGUUUGUUUGUUAAAGUGAUUUCCCACCCUUCUCCUGAAGAGUGAUAGAAACAUCUGAUAGCUAGCUUGGAAUCUCUGCCGUUGUUCCAUGUGUCCUUCGGUCCUAACUGGAGGGGAGCGUUCCCAAGCUGAGCACCUAGGCCACCCUUGCCCCUUGCCAUGGGGCGAGUUCUCCACUUGGCCAUUCCUCCUAACUGCUCUUCACCUCCACAAUCCAGUGUGCCCUAGAAGAGGGGUUGGGGGUGUUUUCCCGGGAGGGCCUGUUGACAUUUCUCCACUAACCCCCCACUGCUGUGUCUCCUCCAGUCCCCAGCUCAGCUGUGACUCCUCCUGAGUCGCCCCAGUCAGACUCUCUGGGCUCCUCCACAUACUCCAUCAACGGCCUUCUAGGGAUCGGCUCCCCCAGCAGCGACCACAAGAGAAAAAUCCAGGACAGUAAGUGACGUUGGGCUGGGAGGGUGUGGCAGGGUCUGAUUCUGGGCACCUCUGUUGUUAACAUGUAGUUUCUCCAGGCUGUGAGUGUAGCUGUGGUUGAAGAGGGGAAUCUUACACAGCCGCUUGUUUCGUGCCAAAAAGGACGGAAACCGCAAGCUAAGGCUCCAGACUGACUUCUGAUUGGUUCUAAGUUUGCUCCGUAACUAGCAAUGGUGUUCUAUAGUCUCACAUUGUGCCUGUUUAACUUUGGACACCUCACUUGCUCACAAUAUAACUCUGUUGCAUGUUACGGUGGGGGCGGAAAUGCUCCUGUAAGCCAAAGUUUCUUUCUUUUUUUUAAAGAUGAUCUCUAUUGGUUUUUUAUAAUUACAUACUAUACAUACACAUAUUAUAUUACAUUUUACAUUUAUUCUUGCUCUCAUAUAUAUAUAUGUAUGUUAUAUAUAGAGAAGAUGAUGUGAAAUAGGGAAACCAGUAGAACUGAAAUAAACCUCCUAAUCGGAAAAUACAAAGAAAUUUAUUGGACAAUAAUACCAAAAUGAAUUAAAAAUGUAUAUUAUGACCAAGGCUGAACAGUAUUUGUAAAUGAAUAUAGACAGACAACAAGAAUUGUAUAUAUAGAAAGAUUUAUUUGUUUACGGACAUUUCAUGGGCAAAAAUUGAAGAAGAACAACUAUACAGUACAAUGGUGCCUCGCAAGACGAAAUUAAUCCGUUCCGCGAGUGUCUUCGUCUAGCGGUUUUUUCGUCUUGCGAAGCAACCCUAUUAGCGGCUUAGCGCUAUUAGCGGUUUAGCGGCUAUUAAAGGCUUAGCGGCUUAGCGGCUUAGCUGCUAAAAGGCUAUUAAAGGCUUAGCGGCUUAGAAAAAGGGGGGGGAGCGGAAAAAAAUCUCAAGACUCGCAAGACAUUUUCGUCUUGCGAAGCAAGCCCAUAGGGAAAUUCGUCCUGCGAAGCAACUCAAAAACGGAAAACCCUUUCGUCUAGCGGGUUUUCCGUCUUGCGAGGCAUUCGUCUUGCGGGGCACCACUGUAUACAGAAUGGGUAAAGACAAUGCGAAAAGUUAAAGCCAAACAAAGUUUCAUUCAGUCUCUCAGGUGGCUUAGAUUUCAUUUGGCUAGGGCAAUUGUAUGAGUGGAAUAUUGAUAAAAUAGCAACAAUGGCUCAAACUCGCCGCCUUAAACUCUCCACAGGUGAAAGUAGAUGCUGACUCACGGAACCGUAUCAAGGGGUGGCUGCAAAGUCAGAUUUCUUUGCUACUAUCACUGCAAAAAAGAAGUUUUUUUUUAAAUAGGGAUGAUUUUAUGAAAUGAACAUUAUAUGGGUGGGGAAGAGGAAGGGUGCCUCAAAGCCCCUUAGGGGAGGGAAAGAAUCUCCCCUCCCCAAAUUGUCCUGUCCUGAUUGGUCCACCGAGUGAUGAGACAUGACAGAAAUGGUGGGUGCAACUGUCUGAAAAUUCUAUUCGCUAGACAAUGAGGGAACUGCAAGAGGAUACGGAUGGGGGGGGUCAGGUGAGCUGCAAGGGGGUUUGGCAAGGUCUAAGGGGUGUUGGGGGAAGGGUUGGGGAGUGGAACAAGGGGGGGCACAGUCCUGGGGGCAUAUGCGCACAUGGAUCUAUAUUUGUGUAUAUAACACGGCGCAGUUGCAAGAGGCCCAUUUACCGAAACGAUCCUUGCUAUCCCUGAGAGACCCACACCUGCCCCUUUGCAUCCAGGAGGGCUGAGCAGGAAGAGAGCAUGGAACAAAACCACAUCUUGAACCCCCCUGCGCGAAAAUGCCGUGGGCUUGGGGGAGAGAGAGAAAGAGAGAGGCAUCCUUUCCCACAGGUUAAAUCCUGGCAGGUAGGCUGGGCAGAGGCUUGUCCAAGUCAGGCUGAUUGCGGCUUCCCUCAGCAGGUGACCAGGAGAGCUGCCAGCUCAGCACAGACUCUCAAGGCAGCAGCACCCCCCACAAGCACCUGCGCAGCGAGGCGUACGGGCAGCACCUGCUGGAGUGCCCUUUCGAGAGACAGCACUUCCCAGAGGCUUACGCUUCCCCCAGCCAUGCCAAGGGAGAACAGGUGAGUGCUGGAGCCAAAGGCCGCCAUGACAGCCUUGAGGUGGGGGUGGAAGGUGGGGGGAGGCUGGAACUCAGUGGUAGAUGUACGUUUUAGAUACAAGAGGUUCCAAAAUCCAUCCCUGGCACUUCUUAUGUGUGUAAUGUUCAGGGAGGCAGGAGAGGAUAUAUUGUUUAAUUAUAUCCUUCCCAACUUGUGUUAACAAGUUCUAUGAUUUAGCAGAGUAACAUCCCCCUUUUAAACUUACACAGCGGAUAGGUUUGCCAGGCUUGCAUAAGUCUCUAAAAUAAGUUUCCUGGUAAUUCCCCUUUUUUUCCCCUCCUAGAAAGCAUAGAAACAACACAGCCUUGUAUAAAAGUAUAAAAGAGUUUACUCACACUUUCUGUUCACAAAUGGAUCCCAGAAGGCAGACUUAAGUUACAAAAUAUAUACACAUGGACUCUAUCCCAUAAGGAGAUACAGUGGUACCUCGGGUUACAGACACUUCAGGUUACAGACUCCACUAACCCAGAAAUAGUACCUCAGGUUAAGAACUUUACUUCAGGAUGAGAACAGAAAUUGCAUGGCGGUGGUGCAGCGGCAGUGGGAGGCCCCAUUAGCUAAAGUGGUACUUCAGGUUAAGAACAGUUUCAGGUUAAGAACGGACCUCCAGAACGAAUUAAGUUCUUAACCCGAGGUACCACUGUAGUUCCUUUGUCCUCUCUUGGCUGAAGAGAGCAUCUCUGGCUAAGGAGAAGUUGCUUCUUCAAGGAACGGAGUCAGAGAGAGAGAUGGCUGCCUGCCCUGUGCUAUUUUGUUACCUGCACAGGUAAGGUUACGCCCAACUCUGGUCACAUGCAGAGGAAGUUUGUCCCAGCACAGGAGGAAACAGGAAGUUUAUCUACCGGCUGGACAAACAUCCCUCUUCAUGUCUAAACAUGUCCACUCUAGGAAUAUUGUAUUUGACUGCUCUGUGUUUCACACCCCUCAUAAUGUUGAUGCACCAGUGGUCCAACUCAUAAUAAGGUGACGCCCUAACCGGGGACGGGGGGCGGACGCGGACAUGGAUGGAGGUGGGGGAGAAGCUACAAGGCUGAGUUAGAGGUAUGAUGAAUAUAUUCAUAGAACCAUAGAGUUAGAAGGGACCCCAAGGUCCAACCCCUUCCAGCAAUGCAGGAAUCUCAACUACGCAGGAAUCCCAUCAUAUUGUGAAGGGAUUCAGGGCUCAUUGACACUGAAGGUACCUAAGGAAUAAGUAGGGAGUCCCGUGUGGGGAGAAAACCAGGGGGCCAAGGAGGACUGUGCUCAGAUCCCUACAAGGCCCUGAUCUCCUGCUGCCCCCACCCCUUUCUCAGGCAGGUAUCUAUGCCGUGCCCCUGCUCAACACAUCCAUGGACGACGGGAAAUCUAUGCUCACGCCUUCCAACCCAUCGCUGAGUCGUAACCUGGCGGCCCACCAGACAUACUCUGCUGUGACAGGUAAGGGCUGCCCAUUCAGGGACGUCUAGGCACCCAACAUGAGCACACCUGUGGGUGCUCCAGGCCCCACAACAGCUCUGAAGGAGAAGUGGGGCAGGGUGUGCCCUGUGCAUAUUUGCUGCAAGUCGGUCACACAAGGGCCUGUGGGUUGUGGAGAGGUCUUUAUCAAAGCCUUAGCCCGAAUGUCAGGAGGCAUAGCUGUCAACCUUCCCCUUUUUUGCGGGAAAUUCCCUUAUUCCAGCUCCGUUUCCUGCUGCUAUCCCGGAUUGUUAGAUAUCCCAUAGACUGUCCCCGGGACAGGUGAGGCUGCUUAUUUUCAAAUCUGAAAGUUGACAGCUAUGUCAGGAGGAGAGCAAUGGGCUUUCCCCGAGUGGUCAGGGGGUCAUUUGGAGAGGUGAAAUGUGGGUGGCACAUCAGUUAGGUACAGGUAAGGGUAAAGGGACCCCAACCAUUAUGUUCAGUCGUGGCCGACUCUGGGGUUGCGGUGCUCAUCUCGCUUUAUUGGCCAAGAGAGCCGGCGUACAGCUUCCGGGUCAUGUGGCCAGCAUGACUAAGCCACUUCUGGCAAACCAGAGCAGUGCACGGAAACGCCGUUUACCUUCCUGCCAGAGCAGUACCUAUUUAUCUACUUGCACUUUGACGUGCUUUCGAACAGCUAGGUUGGCAGGAGCAGGGACCGAGCAACGGGAGCUCACCCCGUCGCGGGGAUUCGAACCGCUGACCUUCUGAUCGGCAAGUCCUAGGCUCUGUGGUUUAACCCACAGCGCCAGUGGGUAUUGGCUGGUGCUUCGGGAGGCAAGCAAAGACACACCAAGGUUCAAUGCAGUUUGUAGAUCCCUGAGCACCUCAGCUGCUAAGGGUGUUUCCUGGCAUGUCUGUUGAUUCUGGUUUCCUCUGUCCCUGUCUUCCCUCUCUCUCCCUCUCUUAGGGCGUGAAGUGGUUGGCUCCACCCUUCCAGGCUACCCUCCCCACAUCCCAACUGGCGGGCAGGGAAGUUAUAGCUCAUCUGCAAUUGCUGGCAUGGUGGCAGGUAAGGAGCUCCCUGGGAAAAGCUUCAGGGGAGGAGGAGGCGGAAGGGAUGGGACUCAGGGCAGUGAGGAUGCCCAUGGCUGGCUAUUUCCCUCCCACGCACUUUGCCCGCAAUCUCAGGCUUUGCCACCUCCCCAGAUUGCAGGGAAAGAAACAUGUGGUGGGUCUCGUAAGCCUUGUCCUGCCCCCUUUUUACCCAUUCAACACAACCCUGUCACUUAAAAAUGGAUAUGGCAUUUUUAGAGAAUAGAGAAAAUGCCUCCUUCCGGGGUCUUUCCAUCCCCACUGAGACGCAUCAUACAGUCCCCAAACACCUGGAGUUAUGCAACACAGCAUCUCUCCUUCCAGAGCAGCCAGGAAGCGCCCCCCCCCACUGCAACCCGCAAGCCUGAGGCCACCCAGCCCCAUCUGCCCCCUUAAAGGGCCAGCUUCUGUUGGUGCUCCUUCCCCCAGUUGGCAUUAGGCCUCCUCUGCCUACUGGGACCAUCCAUUCCGCCGCCCCACCUUCCUCCCUUCCUUGUUUCUUUGGGUUAUUUCAAGCUCAUUUUCCUACUCUGCUUUCAUUGUAAGAAAUCAUGUUGCAAAACACAAUGUUAGACUCACUCCAAUAAAAAUAUUGAGAAUGCACAGAAGCAUUAAAAACCAGAAGACUUAAAAACAGCAAUCACUCAUAAAACACUUUCCAGAAUGAAAAUGUAUUCGAACGCUGUCUGAAAUCAAGAAGCAGGGGAGCUGGGCUUCCCGAAAUUGAGAAAAUUCCGCCGCAGCUGUGGUGCCACCACCAAGAUGGCCUUGUACCUGGCAGCCCCUUUGCAAAAGGCCUCUGAGGCCAACUUGAUGCAGACCCUGCAAGUGUCCCUAUUUUCCAGGGACGUCCCUGAUUUAGAGAAGCCAUCCCGGUUUCUGAUUUGAUCAUAGAAUGUCCCACUUUUCCUUCAGAUGUCUCUAUUUUCAUUGGGGAAAUGUUGGAGGGUAUGGAGUUAUCCAACUCCAUAGCCAUCUGAAGGCAAUCCUGUAUAGGGAAGGUUUUUUUAUUAAAAAAUAUUUAAUGUUUUAUAUAUGUUGGAAGCUGCCCAGAGUGGCUGGGGCAACCCAUAAGAUAUGUGGGGUAUAAACAGUAAAAUUUUCAUUAUGGAAUGGGACGUCGUCCCUAUUUUCAGCGGAGAAAUGUUGGAGGGUAUGAUUGACUGCUGGAGCUAGUUCAACGGGGCAAAAGUUUUCCUCUACAAAACCUGAUCCUAGCCAUUAACGUUUUUAAAAAAUGAGCUCUGAAACGAUUUGGCUCCUCCUCCAACUGGCAAGUCGGAUAAGUGUAAGAGGAUCUGAUUUCCUGUGGCCAUUUUGCAGCCUCUAAGGCAGGGCUCAGGAAACUUUUUCAGCAGGGGGCCAGUCCACUGUCCCUCAGACCUUGUGGGGGGCCGGACUAUAUUUGGGGGGGGAACGAACAAAUUCCUAUGCCCCACAAAUACCCCAGAGAUGCAUUUUAAAUAAAAGCACAGUUCUACUCCUGUGAAACACCAGGCAGGCCCCACAAAUAACCCAGAGGUGCAUUUUAAAUAAAAGGACACAUUCUACUCAUGUAAAAACGCACUGAUUCCCGGACCGUCCGUGGGCCGGAUUUAGAAGGCGAUUGGGCCGGAUCCGGCCUCCGGGCCUUAGUUUGCCUACCCAUGUUCUAAGGGCAAAUCCUGUGCACGUUGACUCAGAAGUAAGCACAACUCUGUUCAGGGGUGCUUGCUCCCUAGUAAGCAUGUUUUGCUUGCCAGCCUAAGCUGCGCCUGAACUUUGCAAGCCUCGAAUUCUGCUGUCAGGAGGAAGGCCUUGCCCGCUGAGGCGGGAGAAGCUGGCAAGCUGGUGCCGCCGUUCCCUUUGGCUUGGCGGACGUGCUGAGCUGGUGUGUUCCUGGGUUACCUUGGAGAUGUGGUUAAUGCAGCGUUGAGAAUACAGAGUCUUCUCCCUUGCGCGCUCCCUCCCCUCAAGCGUGAAAUGAGAUUGGUCAGGAGAAGAAAGGAGAGAUUGGGGGCUGCUUUUACACCGCUUGUAAUGAGAGCACUCAAUCAAAUGCCCCUUGAAAUCUUGUUCCCCUCCCUUGCAGUCAGGCUCCAGCCCCACCCCCCUCACCAACACCAGCAUCCAAAUGGUUUGAAAACCUGCUCUAACCGACACCCCCCUACACACACACACACACUCCUGAAGACAACCUAAAGACAAAUACAAAGACACCUCUAUCCACUAAACCAGGGGUAGGCAACCUAAGGCCCGGGGGCCGGAUCCGGCCCAAUCGCCUUCUCAAUAUUGGCCCGCGGACGGUCCGGGAAUCAGCGUGUUUUUAACAUGAGUAGAAUGUGUCCUGUUAUUUAAAAUGCAUCUCUGGGUUAUUUGUGGGACCUGCCUGGUGUUUUUACAUGAGUAGAAUGUGUCCUUUUAUUUAAAAUGCAUCUCUGGGUUAUUUGUGGGGCAUAGGAAUUCAUUCGUCGUCGUCGUCCCCCCCCCCCAAAAUAUAUAGUCUUCAAAAUGGCCACAGGAAGUCAGAUCCUCUUACACCUAUCCGAUUUGCCAUUUGGAGGAGGGGCCAAAUCGUUUCUGAGCUCAUUUUUCAAACACGUUAAUGGCUAGGAUCAGGUUUCGUGGAGGAAAACUUUUGCCCCAUUGAACUUGCUCCAGCCGUCAAUCAUACCCUCCAACAUUUCUCCAAUGAAAAGAGGGACGACGUCCCAUUCCAUAAUGAAAAUUUUACUGUUUAUACCCCACAUAUCUUACUGGGUCGCCCCAGCCACUCUGGGCAGCUUCCAACAUAUAUAAAACAUUAAACAUUUUUUUAAAAAACAUCUUCCCUAUACAGUAGUACCUCAGGUUAAGAACUUGAUUCGUUCUGGAGAUCCAUUCUUAACCUGAAACUGUUCUUAACCUGAUGCACCACUUUAGCUAAUGGGGCCUCAUCCUGAAGCAAAGUUCUUAACCUGAGGUUUAGCGAAGUCUGUAACCUGAAGCGUAUGUAACCCGAGGUACCACUGUAUUAUUUUUUCAAAAUAUAGUCCGGCCCCCCACAAGGUCUGAGGGUCAGUGGACCGGCCCCCUGCUGAAAAAGUUUGCUGAUCCCUCGGCUGAACCUUACAUGGGAUUUGAGGUUAAGCAGACAACCCUACCUUUCAGGGCCAUUGUUAAGGACCACCAAGACUAGUGUACGUGACAUAUUUGGAGUACUUGGAGGAAGUACUAGAAAAAGAAUUAUGCGUGGAAUUAAACAUUGCGCUGAUACAAUCAAUCUGUGCAGACGUUUCCGCCUGCCAGAUGGAACAAUCUCCCCUCCAUGCCUCCCCACUCUUCUGGGACUCAAGAGAAGAUUUGAGGGAGGCGUGUGGGGAGAAGAAGGGGGAAGCCCCAUUGUGGAAACGGGAGUCCUGUUGCUGGCUUCUGUAGUACACUGGGUUAAGGCCACAUCACACUUCAGAGUGGUGAAAAAGCAGGCCCUCCAUGUGUCCCUAUUUUCCAGGGACGGCCCCAAUUUAGAGAAGCCAUCCCAGUUUCUGAUUUGAUCCCUGAAUGUCUUGCUUUUCCUUAGGACAUCCCUAUUUUCACCCGAGAAAUGUUGGAGGGUAUGGAGUUACCCAACUCUUGAGCCAGCUGAAGGCAGCCCUGUAUAGAGAAGUGGUUUCUUAAAAAAUAUUUAAUGCUUUAUUAUGUUUUUAUAUACGUUAUAAGCCACCCAGAGUGGCUGGGGCAGCCCAGUCAGAUGGGUGGGGUAUAAAUAGUAAAUUAUUAUUAUUAUGGAAUAGGAUGUCCCUAUCUUCAUCGGUUGGAGGAUAUGAAACAUUCAAUCCUUCCUCCUAGGGAAUUCUGCGAAUUGUAGUUCUGUGAGGGGAAUAGGGGUCUCCUAACAUCUCUUGGCACACUUUUUUAAAACCUACAUUUCCCAGGAUGCUUUUUGUUUUGAGGAGGGAAGCCAUGACUGUUAAAGUGAUAUAAUAGUGUUUUAAGGUUUGGAUGUGGCCGAAAAUAGCAUCGGGACUUCCGUGGAUUGUUACUUAUCUGUCAGGAGGAGCCCUUCCACCCCCCUCCACCCUCUUGGUGGAAGAUUGGGAGUGAGAAUAUAAACUGCUAAUAAUGCUUGACUAAAUGGGGCUGUUGUUUCCUUAUGAGGACACUGAUGUGGGUCACCGUUUUCUUUCCAUUUACAGGUGCAUAGAUAGACCUCUGCAUAUCUAGAGAGUCCCCCAGCUGUUCAGAUGCUGCUACCUUCCUUUGGGGUGGCCCCCCGUUUCACCUCCAAACUGAGAGGGACCCAUUACAAAACAUUGCAGCAUAGAGCGCAUAGAAAGGGUGGGGGGUCAAUCCUUUUCGGAGUUUCACUUAGGAAGGCAUCCUCAGGGAAGGGGGAUUUCAGGAGCAGAGAAGAGAUUAAUGACACCCCACUUGUCUCUCACCCCACUUUCUCCUGCUGGAGGGCUGCCCUACCCUAGCUUGCGCAUUUCAGGGCAGGGUAGUUCUGAAGACUGCAGCCUUUGAGCCUCUGCCUGGCUUCAGGUCUCCCUUGCUCAGCCGCUGCUCAACUGUCUCCAGCAGCCUGUCAGCUCAGAGGUUCCUGCCAAGGCCAUUGUAAAAAACCUUUUCAUGAACAGGCUUCGGUAUUUCUGCACAUAUGAGGAGUCCCCCGAGUUUGCAGAAGCUCCUCCCUUAAAUUUGGGUGCCCCCAUUUCACUUCCAUCUUGAGAAGCACUAGAGUCCGAGUCCCCUCUGUGGGAAUGUUCAGGGAGGCAAGAGAGGAUAUAUUGUUUAUUAAUAUCCUUCCUAACUUGCACUAGCAAGUUCUAUAACUUAGCAGAGUUUUACAUUCCCCCUGGUUGCAGGCUUGUUUAAGCCUCUCAAUAUUAGAUUCCUGGUAAGUUCCCUUAAAAGGUAAAGGUAAAGGGACCCCUGACCGUUAAGUCCAGUCGCAAACGACUCUGGGGUUGUGGCACUCAUCUCGCUUUAGUGGCCGAGGGAGCUAACAUUUGUCCGCAGACAGCUUCCAGGUCAUGUGGCCAGCAGGACUAAGCCGCUUCUGGCGAACCAGAGCAGCGCACGGAAACGUCGUUUACCUUCCUGCUGGAGUGGUACCUAUUUAUCUACUUGCACUUUGACGUGCUUCCAAACUGCUAGGUUGGCAGGAGCUGGGGCCGAGCGACAGGAGCUCACCCCGUCGCAGGAUUUGAACCGCUGACCUUCUGAUCGGCAAGCCCUAGGCUCUGUGGUUUAACCCACAGCGCCACCCACAUUCCUUACAUCCCUCUUAAAAGAAUCAACAAUCUUGAGUAAAGUAUAUAUAAAAGUUUACUCACAUCAUCAGUUCACAGUUGGAUCCAUGAAGGCAGACUUAGUUACAAAUAUGUACAUGUGGAUCUACCCCAUAUGGGGGUUAAUCCCAGUGACUGCAGACUGGUAGUCACUGCAGUUCAUACGACGAAAGGAAGGUGGAAAAGAGGAAGUGAAAAAGAGAGAGGUGUGCUUUGUGCCUUGCCCUUUUGUUACCUGGGCAGGUAAGGUCACGUCCACCUCUAGUCACAUGCAAAAGGAAGGAUGCUCCAGCAAGGAGGAAAUAGGAAGUUUUCAACUGGCUGGACCAAACAUUCCCCCGCAUGUCCACUCCAGAAAAACAAGGAAUGUUGUACUUGAUUGCUACUUGUGUAUCACUUCCUACACACUCUUAGAAGGCAGCAGGAGGAAGAUGGCAACAACCAGGUUUGGCAUCUUGAUUUUUGUAGUACGCGUUGAAAACAAAUUUGUAGCCUUAACAACCACAUCAACCCUGCAUUUAGCUGUUAUGGAGAUGUCCUCACUUGCAGCACCACCAGCGAGCCUUCCCCUAUCUGCCUCUGACGUGUAUUCCCUUCUCUUUGUCUCCAGCAGGGAGUGAUUAUUCUGGCGGCGCCUACAGCCACGGCCCUUACACCAGCUAUGGAGAGCCCUGGCGAUUCCCCAACUCUGGACUGCUGGGUGAGUCUCCUCCUCUGGGGCUGCAAGGGGAGGUGGUUGAGUGUGGGUGGGGGGCGGAACUGUUGCUUUCCCAGCUUGACCUGGCAGUUUGUGUGUCAGGUCUCCUGGGACCUUGAGGGCCAAAGCUGAGGGCUUAGGCAGGUGAGGACUGUUUCUGGUGCUCUCCGACACAGAAAGGAGGAGCAUCUGUCCUUGCAACUAGCCAGCAGCAAGGAGCCUGACUGGGCUGACCUGACCCGCUGUGAAUGCUGGAAAGUAGAACUGUUUACUUGUUGCACUUCUGCUGAGAUUCCUGCAUUGAAGGGGGUUGGACUAGAUGACCCUUGUUCCCCCUUCCAAAUCGAAGAUUGCUCUUUGCAAGCUCUCAGUUCCAACAUGAUCUUCUCUUGGCGGAGUUGAGAAUGUAGUCACUGCCUGCCCCUCGGGAAGCUCCUGUGCUUUGAGUCCUCUCCAUGAUCAAGAGAUACUACUACUACUACUACUACUACUACUACUACUACUAAUAUAUUUAUACCCCGCCCACCUGGCUGGGUUUCCCCAGCCACUCUGGGCGGCUUCCAGCAAAAUACUAAAAUACAGUAAUUCAUCAAAUAUUAAAAGCUUCCUUAAACAGGGCUGCCUUCAGAUGUCUUCUAAAAGUCAGAUAGUUGUUUAUUUCUUUGACAUCUGGUGGGAGGGUGUUCCAUGGGGAGGGCGUCACCACUGAGAAGGCCCUCUGCCUGGUUCCCUGUAACUUCACUUCUCUCAGGGAGGGAACCGCCAAAGGCCCUCGGAGCUGGACCUCAGUGUCUGGGCAGAACGAUGGGGUAUACAGGGCCGAGGCCGUUUAGGGUUUUAAAGGUCAGCACCAACACUUUGAAUUGUGCUCAGAAACAUACUGGGAGCCAAUGUAGGUCUUUCAGGACCAGUGUUAUGUGGUCUUGGCGGCCGCUCCCAGUCACCAGUCUAGCUGCCGCAUUCUGGAUUACAAGAGGCGCUGCCUCCAGUGGAAGCAGGUACAAGAAGAUGAACCCUUGUGACAAAGGCUAAGAACAGCGAUUAUCUGAUGAAAGAAUUUGAAUGGGAUCCCCAUUUUUUGGGGGGUGGUGGUGGUGGGGAGUUAGAGAAAAUAAACUGUCCGUUACAGGACUCCAUAUCCCUUAUAGGUGGGCUUCCUUCCAACCCCAUUUCCUUGCCACAAAUGACCACACAGAGAGGUCUGACUGAGACUCUCCUUUUCCCAGAGGCCCACAGCUCUGCCCAAAUAUUUUGAAACCCAAAGUGACCAAAGCUCCACCUCCGCUUCUGCAGCCAGUCACACACCUUGCACAGAUGCCAGAUAACUUUCUGCUUCUCUUGUGGGAAGGAAGCCAUUUGACCAAAGUCCUGAACAGGAAGGAAGUAGCCUGGCCCUGUCUCAGAAUAGGGGGCAGGGAAUGAUCCCCCGGGCUGUUUUGAUGGCAUCUUAACAUGAACCCUGCUGAGGUCUGCAAAGGCUGUGGGUACGAGAUGAUUAAUGUGUAUUGAGCUGGAGUGAAUGAUUAACCCGGGCAGGUUAUUUGCUAAUAGCCUCUCUCACACACACACACUCUCUCUCUCUCUCUCUCUCUCUCUCUCUUUCUCUCCAGGUUCCCCCUAUUACUACAGCUCAUCUUCACGGGGCCCUGUACCUCCCAACACCACCUACGACCACCUGUAGAUGAUGCAGUCCCUCUGGGAGCCAGGCCAGCUCUCCUGGGCCACUCUGUUUAUAGCCCAGCGGCAACGAAGAGGGAUGUGAACUGGUUCAAUCUGCAGAGCGCCCCAGUGGGCAAUGGAAUCCACACAAGCAGUUGCAGCAAUUGCAAGCAUGCAAGGCCAUCCUGUUACCCAUGAAGCUGGGAAAGAUGGAGGAGCAGGUGGCAUUAAUGUGCUUGCGUCCCCAGACUCCAAAAGUGAGGACAGUCUAAACACCUUGAAAUCGAGGAACUCAAACCAAUGAAAUCAAGUGAUGCUUUAUGAAGUCACUUUGCUACUGUUCUCUCUUGCACUAAGGCGGGUGAAGGUGCUUGUGCAAACUGUGGGUCUUUGAAAGGACUGGACACUUGGAGAGGGGCAGAGGGAGUAGUUGGGAGAAGAGCAGGCUUGGGGCUUGAACGCCUGGGCUGCUUCUCUCCUCACCCUAGGGGAUCCUGGCUGCAGUUUAAGUUGCUUGCUUGUGCAGAUCGCACUGUCCCUUAUUUCUGGCUGUUCCUGUUUCGUUCUUGCCAUGUUUGAACAGCAGAAAAAGGAAGGCACAAGUGCAACCUCACAGAUAAGGACCCCAAGUGCAGCUUUUGUGGGCGAAGGCAGAGGCAGCUGAUUCAGUUACAGAUGGUGCGAAGACAGAUGGGCUGAGCAUCUUUCGCUCAGGAGGAGUGGGGCACAACAAACAGCUGGUGCGAAAUUUCCCAGUGGAGGAUUCUCAGCCUGCAACUCCAAGUUAAAUCUCACAAUUCCUCUCCUGGUGGGCUCUUUCCCCCUCGUCCUCUUUUACUGGCUUGCUCUAAUACAGGGGCCAGAUCAGGCCAGCAAACUGCUCUUGCCAACAUUUGCAGACCUGAUCUCAUUUCAGCGUUGGUAGGGUACCUGCAAAGUUGCCAAGGCAAGAUGUUGAGGGCCUUGUCCUUUUUGAGCGGUUGAGCUCUUCCUUUGCCUAGGGGAAACUGAAGCAGAGCUGCUGGAACGUGGUAGGUGUCGAGUUGCGCUGUGUGUCCACGUCUAUAUGCCUUUGUUUCAUGCUGUAUAGACAGUACUUCACCCAAGCUGCACCCCUGGGAAAUGGGUGCGGGUUUUUACCCUGCUUCCAUCAGCACAGAACAGUCUCCUCCCCUGCAUCUCUUUGAAUAAAAGCAGUUUGUAUUAAUGACACGAAACCCUUGGCUCUGUGGGGAUGUAGGAGAGUAGAUAUUUAUUAGAAAUUAUCUUUCUUUCCUUAUGUUGAGGAAGCAGCGUGCCAUACCUUUGCCCCUUCAAAGGGAACCUUUAAUAGGCUAGUUUUAGCCUUUUAGUUUAAGUAAUCCAGGAUGCUUUAAGGAUUCUUCUGGUGUUUCCCCCUUUUCUCCCCUUAAAACAAUAAUCACACAAACAGUCUUGUAAAAGUUUAAAAAAAGAAUAACAUUUACUCACUCAGAAUACUUGUUGAAGAGUAACAGAUACAGCAGUUUUGUUCAGGCAGGCUUAAAAUGAUAAUCCAGUUACAAAGACAUACUUUAGUUUAAAAUUAGUCAAAUUUCUGGAAUGGAGGUAAAACCACCCAGCCAGGUGAGAUGUUACAUAUGCAUAGACCCUCCCCCUGACCGGGCACCUGGGUGUGUCUCUCAGAGCCCUCUCUAGGAAAUUUACAGGGCUUCAGCUGCUAUCUGGUGCCUAUCUAGCAAACAUGCAUUGUUGGUUUGACUGCACUGCAAAUAUCCCAUGCACCCAUUCUCAGGCGAAACAACAUACAUGCUCUUUUAUGAAACCACCCAGAGUCCCAUCCUGACUCAAAGGUUCUGGAAACUGUCUCUUGGUAGACGCUUGGUCAGGAUAUCAGCAGUCAUCUCUUUGAUGCGGCAAUAAGCCAACUACACAAGUCCGUCUUGGAUGGCCUCAUGUACAUAUUGAUACUUCAUCCCAUUCAAGUGUUGUUUUGAUGCAAUGCAUCCAUAUCUCCUCCUGUGCAGCCUCCCUCCAUAGACUGACUUCUGCAGCUGGCAUCUCCUCUAUCUCUUCCCACGUGGAAGGUCCCCUGAGGUAACGCCGACCCUGCAAAGUAGGGUUCUGGAUGAGCAUCUGACCCGUGGUCCUGGACCUGUAGUCCCAUCAGCUUCCUCCUCCUCCAGGGCAGGCUUGUCUCCACUGAGCUGCUUCCCUUCAUCUCGGCUGCUGCUGCCAGGAGUCUGGUCCUCUGCAUCUUCUUCUUGUGCAUCGCUUGCAGAGGGAGCCAUGACACUAGAAGGCAGAUCUGGACAUUGAAGUUUGUGAUGAGAAGUAUUCAGUGAUACCUUGGGUUAAGAACUUAAUUCGUUCUGGAGGUCCGUUCUUAACCUGAAACUGUUCUUAACCUGAAGCACCACUUUAGCUAAUGGGGCCUCCCACCAGCUGCCGCCGCAUCACCACCGCCAAUUUCUGUUCUCAUCCUGAAGCAAAGUUCUUAACCUGAGGUACUAUUUCUGGGUUAGCGGAGUCUGUAACCUGAAGCGUCUGUAACCUGAAGCGUCUGUAACCCGAGGUACCACUGUAUAAGGUCUUUGGCUUCUUCUGAUUUCUCAGAAAAGUCCACAACACUAUUCCUUGUCUCAGCUUUGUUGUGCUCAGAUGGGAGACAGAUUAAAGGGUAAAGUGACCCCUGACCGUUAGGUCCAGUCGUGGACGACUCUGGGGUUGCGGUGCUCAUCUCUCUCUAUAGGCUGAGGGAGCUGGCGUUUGUCCGCAGACAGCUUCCAUGUCAUGUGGCCAGCAUGACUAAGCUGCUUCUGGCGAACCAGAGCAGCGCACGGAAAUGCCGUUUACCUUCCCACAAGAGUGGUCCCUAUUUAUCUACUUGCACUUUGACGUGCUUACGAACUGCUAGGUUGGCAGAAGCAGAGACUGAGCAACAGGAGCUCACCCCGUUGCGGGGAUUCGAACCGCUGACCUUCUGAUCAGCAAGUCUUAGGCUCUGUAGUUUAACCCACAGCGCCACCCGCGUCCCUGGGAGACAGAUUACCAAAGCUCAAAAGGUGUGCAUUUAGCUCCCUUUGUUAGCAGCAGUCUGCUCUGGUGAUACACCACAGUUGCUGCUGCGCUUCCCCACAUGCGUUGGGGUAGAGAUGCAUCUUUUUAACAUGCACCUUGCCAUCUCCAUGAUGGAGCUGAAAUUUCUUUCAGCGACUGAGUUCUGUUGUGGGGUGUAAGGACAGAACAGUGGUUCUGGAAGCUGUCUCUUGGUAGACGCUUGGUCAGGAUAUCAGCAGUCAUCUCUUUGGUGUGGCAAUAAGCCAACCAGGAAACUUACAGGACUCUUGUGCUUCAGCUGCCCUGUCCUUUUUUUUAAUAAAAGAUAUUUAUUAAGGUUUUCAAAAUAUUAC